AUGGAGAGAACUGAUGAUUGCAGUGAGAGAAGCGGCGGUUCUGAUCCGCGAAGGAGCGAAGACGAGGCGGUCGACCGGAUCAGCCGCUUGCCUGACUCGCUCCUCCUCCACAUACUCUCCUUUCUGCCGUUCAGGUACGCCGUCCGCACAUCGUUGAUUCUUAGGCCGUUCAGUGGCCUAUGGAGAUCUCUUCGCAGUCUGUCUUUUGAAGAGUGCGAUUUUCACAGUUGCUAUCGUCGCCGUCCCGAACCCGGUUUCCGUGGUCGCCAAGGGUUCUUGGAUUUCGUCGAUAAUGUGUUGGCCCUACAGGAGAGCUGCGAAAUCGAUAGGCUCCGAAUUGAGUUUGAUUUUCAUGCGAGUGGUUCCAUUAACCCCGAAUCUGAAGGAUAUAAUAGUGAAGUGGCAAAUAGAUUGGAUAAGUGCAUAUUGUUCGCACUGAUGAAAAAGGUGAAGGCCCUUGAUAUUCACCUGGCUGGGUGUGAUUCAGUUGAAGUCGCUCAGAGAGUUAUUUUUCUGGAUGUUAAUUUAAGCGAUGAGGUGAUGUGCAAUCUUGUUUUGGGUAGCCCAUCACUGAAGAAAGUAUCUCUUCGGAAUUGUCAUGGCCUACGAGUUUUAAAGAUCGAAAGUCAUCCAUCGCUCGAAGAAUUAUAUGUUAGUACUUCUCGUGGCCUGAAAGAAAUUGAUGUUGCUCGAUCGGGCAUCAAAAUAUUGGCAAUCGUUAUUAAUGAUUCGUUGAGGAAGAUAGCCUGUCCAAAUGUCGUGACACUUGAACUGGAUGGUUCAACAAAAGGAGUGAAUAUUACCUGUGGAUCUUCCGUAAUUGAUAUGGGCCUCCAUAUUAGGUGGGGGGGAUUUAAUGGUGUGUUUCAAGAAUAUCCUGAGGUUAAAAUGCUGCUGGCUAAGCUCCAAGAUGCUGCAUAUUUUACUCUGUGCAAUGGGAGUAUACUGGUAGGUUUCCAUCCUUUUAAAUGA